GGCAUAAUAAGCACCGUCUUUACGUCAUUGUGGGGUCGUGCGUGUGCACGUCGGUGCGCGCGUGUCCCGGGCCGCCUAUGGUUUCUCGGGCGCGGACUGGGUGGUCUUUUCUCCCCAUGGAAGGAGUGCGUUGGGCUUUUCCGUGCGCCGCCUGGCGCCCCAGCCGGGCCGAGUGGCUCUUGGCGGCUCGUGCAGUGCAGCCCGAGGAGAAGGAUCGCAUUGGCCAGUUCGUCUUUAGCCGGGACGCCAAGGCAGCCAUGGUGGGUCGAUUGAUGAUGAGGAAAUUGAUUGCAGAAAAAUUGACCAUCCCUUGGAAUAAUAUACACUUGAAGAGAACUUCAAAAGGGAAGCCAGUACUUGUAAAUGACUCAUUUAAUAUUCAUCCAGAUUUCAACUUUAAUAUCUCACAUCAAGGAGACUAUGCAGUUCUUGCUGCUGAGCCUAAGCUACAAGUUGGAAUUGAUAUCAUGAAGACAACUUUACCAGGCCGAAGCUCAAUUCCAGAAUUCUUUCGAAUUAUGAAUAGACAGUUUACAGAGAGAGAAUGGAAGACAAUCAAAGCCUUUGAAGAUGAAUGGACCCAGCUGGAUACAUUUUAUAGGCAUUGGGCACUAAAAGAAAGCUUCUUAAAAGCUAUUGGGGUUGGAAUAGGAUUUAAACUACAGAGAAUCGAGUUUAAUAUAUCUCCCCUGCAUCUGGAAGUAGGCAAAGUAUAUAGAGAAACAAAUAUGCUACUUGAUGGAGAAGAAGAAGAAUGGACUUUUGAGGAAAGCAGAUUGGAUGAGUAUCAUCAUAUUGCAGUUGCUCUUAAGAAACCAGAUGGAUUAAGACCACAGAAUUCACAAGUUUUUUCUCAAGACCAUCCUGAGCUAAAUAUGUCACAGUUCACUUUUUUGACAUUUGAAGACUUGGUAGCAUCUGUUAUUCCUUUGACACCGGAAGAUCCUUCUUAUUGGGACAAUUUUUGCUCCAAACAAGAGGAGCCACUUCGAAAUAGCAGAAGUUUAAGAUAAUGCUCAAGAAACAAAAAUGAAAAUGAAGAUUUUUAAAAAUCUCAAGAUCACCAGAAAAUAGAUAAUUAAAGAACUCAAAUGGCAUUUCACACAGUUGGACCAAGUUCUCAGAGGUAUAAAGGGAGCCAUGAAUGUAAUUGUGAUGUAGAAAUAGAUUUUUGAUAUUACUAAUAUCAAAAUGGGGCAGUAAUUUAAGUUCAGUGCUGCAACUAAAUGAGUUUGUAUAAUUGUUUAAAAUAGGUUACUUUGGUCAAUAAGCAAGCAAACAAGUAUUCAUUAAGCACCUAUUAUGUGUCAGAGUGCUUUCUGCUAAUGAUGGAAAGAAGGAAAUGAAAUAGUCCUAUUUUCUACUGGAACAAAUAAAAAAUUUACUCUUUUUGUAAAUGUUGUCAUCAUUUGCUGUUAAGCAUCCUCUUAUUAAUUACCAUGCAAAGCAGAUAGAAUAGCAAAAUAAUUUUCAUAGUAAAAGAGGUGUUGACAAUCUUUCAUAUAUUCCUAAGAGAAUUUCUUGAUACAUCUGCUCAUUUAGUCAUGGUAUUUUUCGUUCUGUAGUACUUAACCUUACAAGAUUGUUAGGAGGUUAAAUAAAAUAUUGUAUGUAAAGUUUCAAAAACUUCAAAGUAUAAUUUUCUUGCCAGUUAUUAUUAGUUUAUGUUAGCUACUCUACAUUUUUCUGGUUUUUAUUAUUUUAAGUUGUAUUUUUCUAAUUCUU